AUGUGGCGAGACGAGGGGAUCGAGGACGAGGAGACCCUGAGCGCGUUCCUGGAGGCCUCCAGGACGCGGGAGGGCCGGGCGGCGCUCUCCGACGCGCUCGCCGACACGCUCCACCUCCUGCCGGCCUCCCCGGCGCCGCUCCUCCUCCUGCGCCUCCGCCUCCUCCGCAACCUCCUCGCCGGCGACGCGCUCAACCAGGGCACCUUCGUGCUCCUCUCGGGCCCCGCGGCCGUCGUCUCCGCCGCCCUCUCCAUCCCCGCCCUCUCCCCCGACCUCGCCCGCGCCGCGCUGCAGGCCCUGGGCAACGCCGCGCUCGGCGGGGACCGGCACCGCGAGGCCGUCUGGGACGCGCUCUUCCCGGGGGCGCUGCGGGAGUUCGCGCGCGUCCGGGACGCCGGCGUCCUCGACCCGCUCUGCAUGGUGCUCGACACCUGCUGCUCCGGCGACGGCGGCCACGGGAGGGUCGAGGAGCUGUGCCAUGAGGACCUGGGCCUGCCCGUGCUCGUCGAACUCGUCGCCACCGCCUCCCGAUGUGAGCCCACGCCCGCCGCUGCUGUGGGGCACAAGGAAGAAUGGUUGGAGUGGCUUCUCUUCAAAAUCUGUGUUGAGGAGGAGAAGUUCAAAACCUUGUUUGCGGCCCUAGGUUCAACUGAUGGUGGUGAAUCUGGAAAUGAGUUCAGUGCUAAGCAUGCAUUUCUUAUGGGUACAUUGUCAAAGUGUUUGACUGAACGACCUGAAGAAGUUAGUAUCUCAAACAGUUUUGCUCUUCAUGUAUUCAAUAUACUGAAGCAUGCUGCUGAGACUCUGGAUUUUACUUGCCGAGGUAGCUCUGAGCUUCCAACUGGUCUCCCUGGAAUUGAUGUCCUUGGAUAUUCAUUAGUGCUCUUGAAGGACAUAUGUGCUUGGGAACCCUCUUCAUCAGAGACUGAAGCACCAGUUGACUCACCGUUGCAGGCUGAGCCCUCUUCAUCAGGGACUGAAGCACCUGUUGACUCACUGUUGCAGGCUGGUCUUGUAAAACGCCUCUUAAAAUACCUCGGUGAGCUUGAGCCCCCAAGUACAAUCAGGAAAGCGAUGGCAAAGGAACAAGGAGAUCAACAGCCAGCUUUUGCAACUGCAAAGGUCUGCCCAUACAAUGGUUACAGGAGAGAUUUGGUGGCUGUCAUUGCCAAUUGUUUGCAUGGAAGGAAACAGGUGCAGGAUGAGGUUAGGCAGCUAAAUGGGAUUAUGUUGCUGUUGCAGCAGUGUGUCAUUGAUGAAGGAAAUGCAUACUUGAGGGAGUGGGCUCUGCUAACUGUGAAAUAUUUGCUUGAAGAAAACGAGGAAAAUCAGAAGGAGGUAUCUGAGCUUCAGAUGCAAGAACCUAUUCUAACUCCAGAGGUCGCAGAGUUAGGCCUAAGAGUGGAGAUCGACAAGAAAACGGGUCAUCCAAAACUGGUCAAUUCCUCCUGA